AUGACAAAUAAACAAGUGCAUGAAGAAUGGAAGAAAAAGAAUUCUCUGGCUUUGCAUGCAAUUCAACUUUCAUGUGGACUAGCACUAUUUUCUAAGUUUAAAGAUCCCCACAUUUCUGCUCAAUAUGCAUGGACUCAUUUGGCUGAGAGAGCUUCGGGAAAGGCACAACAGCCAGUGCCAAUAUUAGAUUAUGUUAAAGAAAUUCCAAUUGAAGAUAAUGGGUUGGGAGAGUACCUUGAUUACAAGUCCUUAUACAAGGUAAUUGAAGAAGGUAACUUGAAUCAUACAGAAGUUUUCCUUCAGCAGAAGCCAAAUGCCAUUAGGACAAGAGUUACAUUACACGACGAUACAGCUCUGCACAUUGCAAUUUUGUUUGGAAAAAUUGCAAUUGCAGAAAAACUUGUAGAUUUGAUGAACGCGGAUGACUUACAAAUGAUAAAUGAUCAUGGUGCUACGGCAUUGUCCCUUGCUGUGAUCUGUGGUGUGAAGAAGCUGGCUAAGACAAUGAUGAUUAAGAACAAAAAUUUAGUUAGAAUUGCAAGUGUAGAUCAUGAAGACGGGCAACUUCCUGUGAUUGUGGCUGCAUUGUAUGGACAAAAGGACAUGGUUCGUUAUUUAUACAGAGUGACGCCAAAACAUGAGCUAAGUCCUGAAAGGGGUGAUAAUGGAGCCACACUACUUAAUUGUCUUAUUACAGCUGAAAUUUAUGAUGUUGCUUCUAAGCUAUUGAAAAGGUACCCAAAGCUGGGUGUUACCCCAGAUCCUAGUGGCAAUUUUGCACUCGGAAUAUUGGCUCACAAGCCCUCUGCAUUUUAUAGUGGGACUAAGCUUAAAUUUUGGGAAAGAUGCAUCUACAGUUGUUUAAGAGUACGUUCACCUUGGGAAAGUCAUCAUGGUUCUCAUGACAAUGAGCAUGUAGAAAUGCAAACAUCAAGUAGUAUUGAUGAUCACAAUAUUCAAAUUGAAUCAUCCGAUGAAGAUAUGAUCGAAGGGAAGGCACAUGGAGGCCUAACUAUAACAACGCGAGGUACAUCAAAUCACACCAUAUUCCUCCUCUUCUUGUUCAAGUCUUCUUCAUACAUCCUAAAUUUAGUUUUAGAGGUACAAAUCAGGCAAGGAUGA